AGUAACAUCAACGUCUAAGAUGAAUUCCGCACUGCAAUUUAGCUGCCUUUUGGUUGUCGUUGGAUGUCUCCUGGGAACAGGACACUGCCAAGGUGAUGAUGAAUUCGUGACUAAGGGUCGUGGACUCAUCGCGGUGUUUGGCAACCCUCCGGCUGACACAUCCACUAGGGCCCGCAAUGUGCCUGCAUUUGUAGACUACUAUGAGAAAUACUCUAGUAAGCUUGAUCUAACAACUGAGGAUCGACAUAAUGCUGAUAACUUUGUGAGGAGGUAUAAGGAUCAAACAUCCCAGAAAGUCGACGGUGUUUCGGCCCAAGGAGGAUUCUGGUUGCCCUUUUUGGCUCCCAUUGCUGCUGAGGUUGCGAUAGCAGUCGGCAAGGCGAUUGCUUCUGCAUAACCAUUUUCUAACUACUUGGACAAUUUAAAUGAAGAUAUUUAAAUAAAAAAGGUUAUUCAAGUGAAAGUUGUUAUAAAAUGUAAAAGCUUAAUAAAAGAAACGGUUUUUCAUUA